GAGUCGACGGGCAUGGCCCUCCGCGGGUAGCCGCCGCGCCGCCGGCCCGGGUGGAUGCUCGAGAGUGGAGGAUAAGGUACAAGCGUCUGGGACCGGUGGAAUGGAGGCCUGAUGUAGAUGGAAAGAUGGAUGAAGAAGAAGCUCUGAACUCUAUUAUGAAGGAUUUGGCAGCAUUGGGCAAAUGUGGGGGGCUGCUGGACAACAACAGGAAUAAAAACUGUGUCCACUCCAGCAAACAGCAGCGAAAUGUCAGGAUCAAGUUUGAAUAUGAAGGAGAAAAAAGGAUUAUCCAGUUUCCAAGACCAGUCAAAUUCAAAGAAGUGGUGCAGAAGGUCACGGAUGCUUUUGGACAGACGAUGGAUUUAGUCUGUGUGAACAAUGAGCUCCUGAUCCCGCUGAAAUCCCAGGAAGAUUUGGACAAAGCGAUGGAACAGUUGGAGCUGAGCCCUUCCCUGAAGAGCCUGCGGAUCCUUGUGAGCGCUCCAAAGAAAGCGAAUCUCCUCCAGCCGAACAACAGUAAACAGCAUGAAAUGAGGAUCUCCAGAUCCAUGGGUGAUAUCAUGGGAUCCCUGUACAAAGACUCCGAGAGGACGCGGAAGUAUUCAACAGGCUCUCUGCACACUGGCCGGAGCUCUCCACCCCCGGGGAGCGUUCCUGAAGAGCAGCAGCAGAUCGCUCGGCAAGGAUCCUAUACCAGCAUCAACAGUGAGGGCGAGUUCAUCCCUGAGACCAUGGAUCAGAAUAUGCUUGAAGCUUUCAUCAGCCCCGAUGAGUCGCUGUCUGGGAGCUGCCAGUCACUGGACAGAUCUGUGGACAGCCCUCCCUUUUCCCAAACCCCUGUUCCUGGAAGGAAGACUCAUCCCAAAGACAGCCUUGAUUGCAUGGAUUUCGACAUUCCGUUCUGCGAGAGGUUUGGGAAAGGUGGGACCUUCCCGAGGCAGUACCACCUCUCCCAAAGUCGCAAGGACUACAGUGACGGCCGGAGGACUUUCCCCAGGAGUUACUUCCCACAGGAGAACCUAUUUCAGCUUGUCCCUUCUAGCCGAACCAAGAGCUUUAACGGGGACAGCAAGCUCAGCACCUUGCAGUAUGAUGAGUACAGGCCCAAAUGGUGGAACAAUUGUGAAAAAGGUCUGCAGGUCUUCAGCACCUCCCCUACAAAAGCUAGGAACUCCCUGCAGGCACCUGUGAACUGGAGGCUGGGGAAGCUGCUCGGAAGAGGAGCUUUUGGGGAAGUUUAUCUCUGCUAUGAUGCUGACACUGGCCGGGAGCUGUCAGUGAAGCAGGUGCCUUUUGACCCUGACAGUCAAGAGACAAGUAAAGAGGUGAAUGCCUUAGAAUGUGAGAUUCAGCUGUUGAAGACCCUCCGUCACGACAGGAUAGUCCAGUACUAUGGGUGCUUGCGGGAUCCUGAGGAGAAGAAACUGUCUAUCUUUGUUGAAUACAUGCCAGGGGGCUCAAUAAAGGACCAGCUAAAAGCUUACGGUGCUCUGACCGAGAACGUCACACGGAAGUACACCAGGCAGAUCCUGCAGGGAGUCUUCUAUUUACACAGCAAUAUGAUUGUCCACAGGGACAUUAAAGGUGCCAAUAUUUUGAGAGAUUCUGCUGGAAAUGUGAAACUUGGAGAUUUUGGGGCCAGCAAACGCAUCCAGACCAUCUGCAUGUCUGGGACUGGAAUUAAAUCUGUCACGGGAACACCAUACUGGAUGAGCCCAGAGGUUAUCAGUGGAGAGGGCUACGGAAGGAAAGCUGAUGUGUGGAGCGUGGCCUGCACCGUGGUGGAGAUGUUAACAGAGAAGCCGCCGUGGGCAGAGUUUGAAGCCAUGGCGGCUAUUUUUAAAAUCGCCACCCAGCCGACCAACCCCCAGCUCCCCGACGGCGUCUCGAACUCCUGCCGCAACUUCCUCAAGCAGAUCUUCGUGGAGGAGAAGCGGAGGCCGACGGCCGAGGACCUGCUGAGACACCCCUUCGUCAACUGCGGGCUCUGAGCCCCUGGCAGCGGGGAUGGGGAAACGCCGGCGGGAGGGGGGCGGCCGCCAGACCCGCGGCCUUUUGUGCUCUGCGGUUCAGGCCUCCGCCCUGGGCUGUCCUGGCAGCGGACCCCGCAGGUCCCUUCCUGCUCGUUGCUGGCUCGGCACCCGCCGCGUCGUUGGAUUUCCAAGCUGCGCUCGGGACUGUUGGCGCCGGGAAUUCAGAGCGAGGGAUUUCCCGGACUGUGCGGGUGCUGGCCUCGGACCAAGUAACCUCCUUGCCACCAGCGAUACCGGGGUCGUCCCCCCUCGCUGUGUUACUUACUCUUGGGGAAAGUGUAGCAAAUGGGAUCUGUGUCCCCCCCCCAAGCACGGCAGCGAUGCUGGCAGCAUCCCCGGGACCAGCGGAGGAAUAAUGCUCAGUGGCGAUCACCACCUUUCGCAGGGGAACAGACAGGGGCUUCAGCCAAGCCGGAGGAGAUGAUCCUCAGACCGCAGAGUCGGGGGGGACCUGGGUGUCCCCAUUCACAAGGGGACCGAACCCUUCUGGAGGUUGUGGGACCAGCCAGCAUCUCCAGCGGGGCGGCGUUUAAUACUGUUCUGUGCCUUAAGCGGUUACAAUCAAGGAGUGAUGCUCGACUUGGCACAACGCACGGAGUCGGGUGCGAUGAUGCAGCAGCCGUGUUGACUUUGCCUUUGUGCGUGUGUGUGUGUGUGCGUGUGCAGGCGUGUGUGUGCAAGUCUUGGAAGAAGAGGUCUUCUCGGGGUGCAGGAGGUCUCUGCGGGGUACGCCCAUGGACGGAUGCCUGGGACCUCUGCCACGGGCUGUGCAGAGGGAUGUUUAAAUGCUGUCGAUGCCUGUGGUGGGCAGGGCUGAGGACCAGCCGGUUUGCGCUGGGAACCAUCAGGGUUCAGGCGGGAGCUGGAGGGGAUCUUGGCGAGGGCAGCUCCCUGCUCAUAGCUGUAGCCCCGCUAACCCGUGCCCAUGCCGCUACGCUGGGGCUGGAGGGAUGCCAACGCGUUUUGGAAGCAGAGCUGCAGGAGGAGCCCAGUGGGUCUCUGUAAAACCCGAGCGGGUGCCUAAAAUCAGGCAGAGAGGACUGGCGCCUGUGGAUCUGAGCUGCCAAGGGCUGGGUGCCUUCUCUUGCAUGCCUCGUGGGACCAGCCCUGGGUGCAGGGAAGGGAUUUGUCACCUCCACGGUGGUGCCUGAGGGAGCAGCUGCAGGACCAUGAGGCCUCAGACCGGGAGAGCAGAGCUGCAUCAGUUGAGGGCAGCUGGAAGCAGAUUUCUUCCCGCAGUAUAUUUGAAGUUGCAGGAGAAAAUGGGCCAUUUGAAAGCAGAGUCAGGCUACAGCCUCUUUGACCAGCACUACUCUGCUGGAAAACCUGGGCAGGGAGCAUGCACAGAGUCCCUGGAAGCUAAUUAAUUAAUCAGAUCUUGGUUAUUUUGGACAAAUUAAUUGCACCAUCCCACUUCCCCCUUCCCUGCUGCAUUAGCUAUUUCCACCCGGCUCAGCAAAGGGUUAAAUAAGCAGUUACCAGGAGGUUGCCAUUUUCAGGCCAGUGUGUCAAACACACGUUUAUUUUAAUAUUGUUUUUCACUGAAAAUGAAAAGCGUUGCUUGGGCUGAAGAGGAAAUUGAGAAAUUGGUUGUUCAUGUGACUUCACACAUCCUUGAAUUCUUCCGCGUGGAAGAGAUCAAGACUUUGCACCACGGGUGUGGCAGUGGGAGCGUUUCCUUGUCCACAGCUCUGAAAAAAGAAGCAAAACUUAGAGUUAUAUCAGUAUUAAAAAAAACAAAACAAAAACAAAACCCCACUGGUAGUGUUAGGGCAAAUUAAAAGAAAUAGCUAAAAGGAUUCCCUAUAAAUUUGCCUGCAAAGCUGCAGAGGAUGGUUAUUACCCAGGCUGGGCUCCGGUGAAGGCGGCGGGCUGCGGCAGGGCAGCACCAGGGGUUUGUGCCAGUCGACCACGGCGGUGACGGGCAGCUCUCCUCGGGGAGGGGGGUUAAAGUCGUCUCCUUUCUCCGAGGGGGAAUGAAGAAUUUUAUUCUGUGAAUAGGACCAACUCCAUCAGUCUGUUCAGUAAUAUGGGAUGGAUGGAAAAAAAUACAAGAAAAAAAACCAAUCAGUGUUGGCUGGGAAGGGUUUUUGUCAGAAGAGGGUAACAAAGUGUGUUUUCACAAAAGCUAAAAAAAAACCCCACCCAUUUUUAAGCUGUUUUCUCCUCUUUCAUUAAAUCUGUUUGGUUUUGAUUUUCUCAGCCCUUCGGUGGUGGGUGGGUGUUUUCCUUCUUUCCAAAGGCUUGAGAGCAAAACGAGGUUCCCAGGGGGAACCUGGCUACCUGGGAACCUCUGGCUGCCCCAGAGCGCUCCCAGGGCCCUCAGACCCCCCAAAUCCUCCCGUGGAUGGAUGCGGCUGGUGUGUGUGUGUGUGUGUGUGCGCACACGUGUGUGCACGUGUGUGUGUGCACGUGUGUGUGUGCGACUCACUCCUCAGGUGCCUUUGCCUUUUUAUUUUUUAAAACCCUUGCAGUGUUCUGAUGUACAGAAUGAAACUAGGAAAAGAGAAUGUAAUAUUAUGCCAUGUAAAGUUGUUUUUUGUUUUUUUUUUCUUUUAAAAUUUUAUUUUAUUUUGCCUGUAGCGGGCCCGGUGGCUUUCCCUGUGCGCCGCAUUGUCAUGUAUCUGUCGAGAAAUGAUUU